AUGGAGAGAAACGAGGGGAUUGUGAGAUGGUCACCCAAUCCUUCCCGGGACCAGUUUAUGGUGAUCAACCUAAAUGCUAGGGCUGUUCAGUUAUUUGAAGCCAAAGGACAUGCCCAGCCUGGGAAGUUUGACUACCAGAGGAUUUCCAAGCACCAUGACAUACCACCUCUUAACACCUAUGAUUGGUCUCCAGCAAUUCCAGGACUAGUGGUUGUAGGAACAUCUCACGGCGAAGUCUCCCUCCUACGAGUUGAUGACGACUCAAAUGCAUCGCUCACGCUCCCCUUAAAGCUUCAACGAUCUUGUCAAUCGGUGGCUUUCAACACUACUGGGUUAUUGGCGGUUGGGCUAGACAGGAUCCGUAAUGAUUCUUGCCUACAGAUUUGGGAUAUCAACCAGCGACUAGCGGACUGGGAUUCGGCGAAGCCUGGUUGGGGCCAGCUCUCUAUGAAUGUUGAUCCAAAGAAGAAGCUAGAGGGAAGCGUAUCUGUCACGAGCAUCAGAUUCUUCGAAGAUCAGCCCCAAACCCUCGUAGUAGGAGUUAAAAACCAGAGCGUCCGUGUGCAUGAUUUGCGAGAUCCGAACUCUGGUGUUAUAUCAUUCCAAACCCGAUGCAAUAACAACCUCUCAAUUGACUUUGCGGACCCCAACUAUUUUGCAUCCUCGUCAUUAGACCACCCGGGAGUGGUUGUCUGGGAUCGCCGCGUGUCCGGCCGUUCGGUUGCAUCUCCAAUGUAUCUUGAAUCCAUUGAUCAGGAGGAGAUACCUUGGGGAGCGGCCCUAAAACUGGAUCGCGCAAUUGAGACGGAGCAAAAUGUCAAUAUCAGAACACUACGAUUCUGCCGAGAACAUCGUGGUACAUUAGGCGUUCUCUCAUCUGCCGGCCAACUUCAAGUGUUUAAGACAAACAAGGAAUAUGUGGAACCAGGCUCCUCGAACGAUGUCAGUGUUGGGCCAGAAUUAUUAGAAGUCAGAAAGUCAUUUGACCUGGAAUAUCCUUGUUUCGACCCGAAUCACAAAAAGAGACCCGAGGAUCGUAUUAUCUCCUUCGACUGGCUCAAUCUUGGAUCUCCUGAUCUAGACCCUAGAGUUGUUGCAUUGAGAGCAAACGGAAGUUUUGAAAUCUUACAGACUCCAGCAUCCACCCAUGACCAGCUUUCACAGUUAGUUCCGUGGAAAAUACCUCAACGCGUGGGUGACCCUUACAUAACUCUAAUGGAUUUCGCCGAUCCAAGUGAACGAGAAGAAGUACUUGGGCCCUUGUUUGCCGCUGCAGCAAAAGCCAACGUUCCUGUUUUUGGGCCAGAUAGGUUUGCUCAGCCAGAAACAAAGGCAAAGCUAAACGCUGCGAUCAAAAAAAUAGUGCAUUCAAAGGAGGACCCCGUGGUCAACCUACUCGCGUCAAUAGAAUCAGAUAUUGCGCUAUCCUUGAACAACCUCGGGUUGAACAAGUCUUCAGAAGAACAAAUUCCGAAGCUUGGCCUUCAAGCCGUGGCAAAUAAGAAGGAAGCCACGGAAUCCUCAACGAUAGUUAACAAAUUUCAUACGAGUAGGGAGCUACAUGACAUGUCACACUAUUCAGUGUUGAGCUGUAUUCCGAGGACAAAGCCCAACAGCGAGCUGUUUCACAAUGUUAUGCUCCGCCGUGCUGUGGAUGGCUACCUGUUUGAUUGUAAGAAGAACAUGGCGGUCGUGGCGAAUGACAAGUGGCUGCAAGGUGUAUGGGAAUGGAUUGCAUAUGCAGAGGAUUCUGCCAAUGAUGAUGGAAUGGUAUCGGCGCCGCUUGACCUAAGUUACAUGGGCGUCUAUACUAUAUGGAUGAAUAUACUUGGGGACAAAACGAAGUCUCGCCUCAUAGAUAGCUCAAUCGUUCCCGACACAAGUCAGUGGGAACGACUGAUUGCAAAUAUCAACAAGCACGCUGGGCGCCCAGACUUUGAUUGUUUGGCAACAGAGAAACCACAUCACCGAGUUCUAUGCCUUGCAGUCUGUGGCCUUCUCAAGUCUCCUAUGGAGCUUGAGGAAGAUUUACAGGAGCUGGUGAAACAGCGUAAAUUUACAACUGCAGCUGCUUGGGCGCUCUUUGAAGGCAUUCCAAGGCGGGCUGUUGAUAUUCUGAAAAGCGGCGGUACAAACCUUCUAUUCGUCGCAAUGGCACUUGACAUUAAAAUCAAGAGCAAUACUGCCUUAGAUCUUGACAAGAGCGAGUGGAGCAAAGCUCUGGAAAACCACCCUCAGAUGGCGGAUGACCCAUACUUGCGAGCCAUAUAUGGCUAUAUCACAACUGGAGACUGGGCAGCAAUCGCGGAUGAGGCGUCCCUCCCACUCCGUGAUCGAGUUGGAGUAGCACUUCGGAAUUUCGACGAUGCUAAACUCACUGACUGGCUGACGAAGCAGAUGGAAGAGGCAAUUCACACUGGCGAUAUAGAAGGGAUUGUCUUGGCAGGUAUAACUGAUGAUAUGGUCGAUAUCCUUGCUAAAUAUGUCGAAAAGUUUAUGGAUUACCAGACCGCAAUACUCAUCAUGUCAAUAUGCUAUCCUCGGUAUAUCCAAGACAUCCGCUGCGACGCAUGGCGCAAGAAUUAUCAGGACUUCUUACAACGCCAUAAGCAAUACAUCUUGCGAGUCAAGUUCGAACAACAGUCCACAAUUAAGAGUCGCCUUCGAGAUGGCACAGCAGCCAUCAAACCGCCACCAAGACAAGUCACCAUUCGCUGUUUGAACUGCGACGCCCAAUCAACUAAUGACCUCUCCAAUUCCGGCGAAGCACCACACUCCGCUCCAGGACCCUCGACCACGAUCCGCGACACUCGCAAUCCUCUCAUGGCCUCAGGUAUAAAUGCCGGUCUCUGCUGUCCUCGAUGUGGUUCCCACCUCUCACGCUGCGCUGUUUGCAUGGAAUAUGUUGGCGUUCCUCGAUCAGACCGGCCUGGGCUCUCUCACGACCCUGCUAUUCGCCGAAUGGCAAAUUUCCCCACCUUCUGCCUUACUUGCAAGCAUGUUAUGCAUAUGGAUCACUCAGUGGCUUGGUUUGGACGUCAUGUUGAGUGUCCAGUUCCCGAGUGCCGCUGUCAGUGCAACGAGCAACCUGUCCGUUAA